GAUAAAUUCUGGUAAUUAAAACGCAGCCUCGUUAUCUGCAUGUGACGUGUCAUGUGCGUGAACCAGUGCUGAUUGUCACAAUAUUCAGGCAGGAUCGUUCAGCAUGGAAUGGCUGGCUGUGAUCACCGUGUUGGCAGUUAGCUUCUCAGGUGUGUUUGGGGACGCUUCUCCUCGGCUCAGCCCUGAAGACCGUGAGACGCUACGCCGCCUAGGGUCCCCCAGAGCGUCGCUCCCCGCGGGCUUCAAGUACAAAUAUGUGGGUAGCGGAGGGGUUAUCAGAAGCACAAAGUCCUCCGGACACUGGGUGGAGGUCGCCGCCAGCCCCAAAACUACCGAAACUGGCCACUAUGAGGCGGCGCUGAUUGUGAGCAAAAUGACGCGCCACAUGCCCUCGGCUGUAUUCGCCAAGCUCUCCUCCGGUGGGUCUGUGGGGGUGUUCACACGGUCGGAGGGGCUCACCAUCUACCCGGAGUACUACAGAUUGAAGGACACACCUGAGUGUCGUGGUAGCUGUUCCGGUCAUUGCUCUGCUUCUUGUACGUUUGACGGCCGGAAGUGGACCAACGUUGCUGGAGCCGGUGGAGCGAGGGCCGUGAUUCUUGACGACAACGUGAUGUGUACGUCACGUGACCCGUAUUAUCACCAUGAGAACAUCCUGGUCCACGAGUUCACCCACACCAUUCACCACCAUGCCCUGGACUCCACGCACUAUGCACAGAUCAAUGCCGCCUACAACCACGCCAAGUCCGCCAACCUGUGGGUGCACUCGGCCUACGCUAUGGCCAACUACGAGGAAUACUUCGCCGAGGGAGCCACCGCCUACUUCAACGUCAACCAGGAAUCCAGCGCCGCCGGCAUGAACAAGUGCGGAGGCGGCCAUUACUGCACCAGCGAGAACGCAGCUCGAAACUGGCUCCACAAACACGACAUCCAGCUGUAUGGCGUGCUCACCUACGUCUUCACCAACAACCAUCCAGACACCCCCAGCCAUCUGGCCGUGUGCCAGAAGAGCUAGUGGUAUGAAUGUCAAGGUAUAUAUGUUCACGUGUUUCUCUGUGAUUGUACCAGACAAUAAACCUGGAGGAUGUGUACUUUU